CCCGUCCGGAGCAGCGAACCUCAGUCAAGUCAGUCACUCAGUCAGUCAGUCACUCAGUCAAGGGAGACCGAACCGCGAGUCCUAAGGUCGAGCGCUGUCCCUCCAGUCGCCUUGGUCCUCGAGGCUCGACCCGAUCGCCGCUCGCUUCCUGGAGGCUCACGCGCCCCGCAGUCGCCGCCCUCGCCCCCUCCCUCCACAGGACUCCGGGAGCCUUCGCCAUGGGGGCCUUGUUGACCCGGCUCCUCAGCCUGAUCCAGAGCUCUCGCUCCUGCAGGAUCCUCAUGGUCGGUCUGGACGCCGCAGGGAAGACCACCAUUCUCUACAAGCUGAAGUUGGGCGAAGUUGUGUCCACGAUUCCCACCAUCGGCUUCAACGUGGAGACCGUCGAGUACAAGAACAUCAGCUUCACCGUCUGGGACGUGGGCGGCCAGGUCAAGCUGCGCCCUCUGUGGAGGCACUACUACCAGAACACCGCCGCCGUCGUCUACGUGGUGGACAGCAGCGACGCCGAGAGGCUGCAGGAGGCCAGGGAGGAGCUGGACGCCAUCCUGGAGAGCGAUGAGGUGGCGGGGGUUCCCCUGCUGGUGGUGGCCAACAAGCAGGACCUUCCCGGGGCGCUGUCCGUGCAGCAGCUGAGCGAGGGCCUCGACCUGCGGCGCCACGACAGGCCCUGGCACGUGCAGCCCACGUGCGCCAUCACGUCGGAGGGCGUGUACGAGGCCCUGGACUGGCUGGCCAGGGAGCUGGCCUAGUGAGGCUGGCCAGGGAGGCCAAGCGAGGCACGAACGACUCGCGCAGGAGCACAGGGACGCCCGGGGCCUCGCCACACGCGGCUGGGCCGCAGCGAGGACACGGCAGAGGGAUCCGAACAGUGGUCGAGUCGAACACAUGGACGCCUUCGAAGUCACAGAUGAACUUUCGAAACAGUCACAAGAUCAAAAGAUGGACCUUAGAGAAAUCAUGAGGAAGAAAAUGCGGGUUUCACGAAGAAAGUUCAAUUUAAUUCUCAGUUUUAUUUUUCAAAUGACUCGUGCCACUGUAAAGGCAAUGCACUUGCAAAAUCACAAAAUGAACAAUGUAGAAGUGAAGUUGCAGAAAACACGUUUCGCCAACACUUAAAAGCAAUCGCACUUCGCAUUCUUCCUCUCUUCUCCCACAGUGUGAGACAUUAGCGAUGAGGACUUCCCAUCCACGUAGUCGCUGAGGGAAUAUUUUGGCAACAUGAUUAUUUUUAUAUUUA